AUGUCGACUGACGAGGGCUCCAUCAUCCAGCGUGUGGAAGCAUUGGAAGCCACCAUGGAGCAGGUGGCAACGGCGCUCCGCAAUCUCGAAACCAGCUUCGCAGCGCUGAACCGCUCGUACACGCGCCGGGCGAAGGGCUUCGGGGGCCUUGGCCAGGAAGCGUACGACGUGAUCGACCUGGAUCCCUACGGCACGGUAGCGCCGUUCAUCGACUCGGCCAUCCAGGCCGUGGCGGAUGGGGGCCUGCUCUGCAUCACCUCCACAGACAUGCCGGUGCUCGGUGGCAACCACCCUGAGACCUGCUUUGCGAGGAUUACCUACUGGUUCUUAGUACGGAAAUGA